UGCCAUGUCUUCUCUUUUGGACUUGGAAGAUUUAACCCAGCUAUUUGUCAGAAAUUAAAAAAUGUUUUUGAGUGAACUCCGAACAAUUCUGUGUCAGACUCAGCUGAGUUUUUUAAUUCAUUUGUCUUGCCUUGCAGUCUCCAAAUUAGUCUAAUAUGAGGUUUUUAACCACCAGUUGAAAAAUGACAAUCAUGUGCCUAUUUUAUUUACACUUGAAAGAAAUCUAUUAUUCUAUUCAAACAUGUGACAAAUGAUAAUAUAAAAUCAAAUUUUAAUAAUGGAUGGGAACAUACUAUUCAAAAUCUUUUCUGUCUGAUCUUCUUUACUGAAAGAAUUCGUCCAUGAGAGACAGCUUCAGAAAGAAAAUAAUAUAUGAAUUUAUAUAACAAUUCUACAGUAAUUCAACAUUAUAUAUAGGAUUGUCAAAUUCAGCUAAAAAACAACACGGAACUCAGCCAUGGCUGCAAGAAAAACUGCACAAUGCUUCACAAUGCUAUUGCUGGUUUGGAUUUUCUUGCAAGUUAUAUUAGUGUCUGCUGCUGUUUCAUCAAAGAAAAGAGUUUCUUGGAUCAAAAUCAAGGAAAUUAACAAGGUAGGGCUUUAUAUUGGUCUUGUUACUGUAUAUACAACUGAGGAGAACGCUUUCUUUGCAACCGGUGCUUUCAUGCCUAAUCCCAAGUACCCUUUUGUGGAUCUUUCAGGAAGGAGAUUCAGGGUGGGAACAAUCUAUGAGAAGAAAGUUAUCUAUGUUAGAUGUGGGAUUGGAUUGGUGAAUGCCGCUGCAGCAACACAACAAAUGUUGGAUCUGUUUGACAUGACUGGCAUUAUUCAUUUUGGCAUAGCUGGCAAUUUAAACAAUUCUAUGUUCAUUGGAGAUGUUUCCAUUCCAAAGAAAUUCGCUAACACUGGCCUUUGGGAUUGGCUGAACCCAAAUGGAACUGUAAGCUCAAGUGAUGUUGCUGAGCAUAAAAAUGGAAGCUACCACUGUCCCUCAAGGAGAUGCUUGAAUUGCUGGGAAACAAUUGUUGGAUACAGCAAUGAGCAAUUUUUUUCUGUGAAGGAGGCUAAUGCGGCGGAGCCACUGUUCUGGGCUGAAGUAAACCAGCAUUGGCUUCAUCUUGCUGCAAGCUUAGAGGGGAUGGAACUAGAUAAAUGUGUUAAUUCAAGCUUGUGCCUGACACAAAAGCCAAAGCUAGUUGUUGGGCUUAAAGGAUCAACAGCCAAUAUUUUUUUAUAUUUUUUAUAG